AUGGAAGUGCAAGUUGGCUUCACUCGGGUUUCGGUUAAUUACAUCUGCAAUUUCUGUUGUUGCCUUCACCGGUUUGCCUAUGUGCACGGUGAAGGAUAUAAUGGAGCAGUUCAAGUCGACAGGAGCUUCCAAAGUCCACAAACAGUUCCUGACGCCAUACAAAUUGCCGAGCAAGGCAGCCACGAGGGGGGAUGUAUAGAAGGCUUAUGCAACCAAAUUCGAGUCCCAUAUACACCGCGGGGUUAA